CGUCUAUGAGAGCGGAAGUAUUUUAAACUGACCUACAGAUCCACAUUGGCCACCGAAAGGAGCAAAACACAUUUAAUUCCUCACAUUUUUUAUACUUGUAAAGUGGAUAUUUCUGUAAAUGAUGGCGGGAUUUGUGUGUCGUGCUGUAAACCGGAUUAUUUCGAGUCAAGCCUCGUGUUGCAGGCCUGUAGUUGCUGUCAGACACAGUCACUGGUUUACCUCAAUGCUUUCGUUGAAAACUUCUGCACCAUUAAGAGCCGAACCCAAGAAGAAGAAGAAGAAGGUGGACCCGCGGCAAGAAAUGUUAGUGAAAGACCGACUGAAGAAGAGACUGAAAAGGAUGGAGAAAGUCUCUCCAGAACUGAUUCCUAUUGAAGACUUCAUUACUUCAGCCAAAAGCUUCGACGACACCAGGACGCGUGCUCCUCCAGAGGUGAGUUUCGAGGAGAGCGAGCGCAGAGCUCUGCUGCUGAAGGAAUGGUCCAGACACAAGCACAAACAGCACCAGAUGGAGAUGCAGGAGAUCCAGGAGGCUCUGAAGGCCCAAAAGCAGGCGCUGAUGCAGCUGAAACUGGAGUCUAAAGAGCUUUACAUUGCUGCGCUCCGUCCUGAUACAGACACUCUCCCUUUCCUGCAUCACGGGCCCUGUUACACACCACCCAAAGCUGACUAUGAGGCUCCAGACGGAAAAUACAACGACAUUACACGGGUUUAUAUACAGUGAGGAGAGACGGUGACUGUGUAUAGACGAAGAAU